CAAUGGAUGAGGAGGGUCUGAAUUCUGAAACAAGCCUGUAGCAUUUAGCAAUAGUCCCUUGAUUUGGUUCGACUACUCCUAAAAAUGAAGGAAAAUAGAAUCUAAGGAAUAUCAGAAUAUAUUACUCAUAAUGCUGAUCCAUACUCCAUUUAAUCCGGCUCGCUUUAGUAUGGGAACAACCUUAUCACUUGAAGCCGUGAAAACACAUAAAACCAUCAUAAACAACAAAAGCAGUGCGUAUCUUUCUAGAGCCAGCAGCCGCUGCUGCUUAACCAUUACCAGUUUUCUUGCAGCUUAUUGCACUGUUGUAGCCUCCGUUGCAGGUGCAGUAGAUGCACCCCAACAAGCUGCAGAGACACUACUGAACGUUCCUCAAUCACUGUCCGGCGACUGUGCAUCAUCAGCCAAGGAUUGCAGAAAGGCUACAAUCCAACGGCCCAAGUCAAAGAAGGCAGAGUCGUGCACUGUCAAGUGUGUAAACACUUGCAUCCGGGGCGGCGAAGGAUCACCUGGAGAAGGCCCUCUUAAUGUUAGACGGCUUGAGCUCCGACAAAAACAAAAAUUCUGUCUUGGGAUAGCCACUCUUUGGGCGCAAGUUUAAUAAUCCUCUGGUGGUUUUCAAGCAAGGAUUCCGAAGCCGUCAAUACUGGUAAAUUUAUACUCCUUAUUUAUGAACCUCUGAUAAAUUACCAAUGAUUCUAGUAGGUUGAAAGACAAAAUGAAGUGCUUGGUGAUCAAUCUAUAGCUAAUGCGCAACUUUUCGCAUAUUUUCCUAACAGAAAUAGCUACAGGGAGCAGGUUCGCAUAUGCGAAUUUGCCGUUAGAUUGUUUAAUCCGUUGAAAAAAAAUUGUUUAGGAAAAUUGUUUUGUUAUUUAGUAUUUUAUGACUAAAUUAACGUUUAGAAAAAUUAAAUUAUUUUUUAACAUUUUCUAAAUAGUAAUGUUGAAGAAGUUUUUUUUUUUUUUUAACUGCAGUUUCAACUGUAAUGUCAAACAAACUCUUAGAAGGAUGUAUAUGCUUAGCACCCCUGCAACCUCUUCCACCAUAAAUGGUGACAAAGUCUAUCAUUUAUACCAUAGAUACUUGCAAAACAACGAAGCUAAUGUUCUCCUUCCGCACAGGAUUAUUAGCCUAUUAAAGUAACUAAUAAAAAUGCACAAUGUCAACUCAACUGUUUAUGUAAUUGAAUUACAAAAAUAAUUAGUUAAGACCAUGAUCUCCACUUUGAAAGUUGAAGUACAAAAAUAUUGAAAAUAUAGCUUUAAAACUUUGGUAGGAUAACUGUUUUUUUCCUGAAGAAAGUUAAAGGUGAUUAGUGAUCUUUAUUUAUUGUUAUGAUUCUUUGAUUAUCAAGCUAUUUAAAUUGCGUAAGUGUACAGAGAAUGAUCCCCUUUUUUUGUAACAGUUUGGUAGAAUGUUCGGAUAUUUGUAAUUUGAUUGGUGAUGGAGAUGAUGGACCUUAAUUCGAGAAUUAAUUUAUUAUCAUUUUACAGUUUGA